AUGCUGCUCUCUCCGGCCGCCGAGCGGAACCAGGACAGCCUGCUGUCGGUGCUGUGGGAGUUGCUGGAGGACCAGUCGCACCGCGAGCUCUUCGCCCUCGAGCUCGGCUCGGGCACCGGGCAGCACGUUGUGCGCUUCGCUCGCGACCUGCCCUUCGUCACCUGGCAGCCGUCCGACAUCAAGGAGGAGUCGCGGGAAAGCAUCAGCUCCUACAUCGCCGCCACCAAGGCAAAGACGGUCCUGCAGCCCGUGCACCUCGAUGCCGGAGAACCCUGGGACAAGUGGGCGGGGCUUCCCAGGAGCUCCUGCGACAUCAUCCUGUCGAUCAACAUGCUCCACUACUGCUCCUUCCGCACCAUCGAGGGUGUCUUCAGAGGCUCCGCCGAGGUUCUGAGGACAAGUGGCUUCCUGAUGACAUAUGGGCCCUACGCCAUCAAUGGGGUCAUCACCCCCAGCAGCAACGAGGAGCUGGAUAAGACCCUGCGAGAAAAGAACCCGGACUGGGGCCUCCCGGACAUCGACGUCCUGAGACAGCUGGCGUUCGGCAACGGGCUGCGGCUGGAGAGGAUAAUCGAGAUGCCGGAGAGCAACAAAUGCCUCGUCUUCAGGAAGCUCUGAAGAGGCAGCAGGAGGAGCUUCUUUAGCUCUCCUUCCUCAUCCUGCGCAUGGUGAACGGACGUCAUGAAGGCAGAACAACAACCGAGUGGCCCGUCAUCCAUCAUGAAACACUAGUGUUACCGGGGUACCUGCUGCUCACGACCUCAUUAUAUUCGGUACUCGGCACAUUACUGAACUGAGGCAGCAGG